AUGGCAUUGGGGGCUCAAAGACAAAAGAAAGAAAAGCAAAGCGAUGAAAAAGACACAGAAAUAAACACAGGAAAUACAAACUGCAGCAGCAGCAGCAGCAACAGCAGCAACAGCAGCAGCAGCAGCACUUCUCAGACGGGCAAUGAGCAUACCCGUGGAGAGGAAGAUACUGCGAACAUAGUCUCUAAAGACACCGACGGAAGCAGCAGCAGCAGCGGCGCUGAGAGAAGCAGCAGCAGCAGCAGUAGCAGCAGCAGCAGCAGCAGCAGCAACAGCAGCAGCGGCGAAAGCAGCAGCAGCAGCAGUAGCAGCAGCAGCAGCAGCAACUCCGAAGGCAGUAGCAUCAACAGCGGCAGCAGCAAUGGAAGCGUCGAAAGCAACAGCAGCAGCAGCAAAGACAACAACAACAACGAGCCCAGCAGCAGCAAAGACAACAACAACAACGAGCCCAGCAGCAGCAGCAGCGGCAGCAGCAGUGCUCAAGAGCCUCCUGAGGAAGAAGCUGAGGGUGUUUGCGGAACCCUUCGCGAUUCCCGCAGAGGCAAGAUUUGUUUGCGGUCUCCCCGCUGCUGCUGCUGUUGUUGCUGCUGCGGUUGCUGCUGCUGUUGCUGCUGCUGUUGUUGCUGCUGUGUUGCUGCUGCAGCAGCUGCUGGCUCUCUCGCUCUGGCUGCUGUUGUCGUUGCUGCUGCUGCUUCUGUUGCUGCUGCCGCGGCAGCCAAUGCCGGUGGCCUUGCUGCUGCCAUUGCUGCCUGCUGCUGCUGCCACGCUGCUGCGGCUGCUGCUGCUGCUGCUGCUGCUGCGCAGGCCCCGGCUGGGAAGGUGUCUCCGUUUGUCUCCUUUUAG